AAUGGUUGUGAAGGAAAACAAUAUGGCGUUGCUUCGGGAGCAGAUUCCCACAGCUUCUUUUAUCGUCAGAAAUAAUGUACUCCUAAUUGAUUAUUGAUCGUAAAGGAUAUAGAUUUUGAAAAUGUAUUCAAGAGCACAUCUUCUAAUCGAAAGGGAUAUAAAUCAAUUUAACAAAGAGACACCAUGGGGAUGUGAAAUAUAUCCUUUAAAAGAUGAUUCAGUCUUUGAAUUAUUGGCUAAAGUUAAAGGACUCAGAAAUACUAAGUGGGAGGGUGGCAUUUUCAAGAUCUAUAUUCAUUUUGAUGAGCACUAUAAUAUGAAACCACCUGAAAUUUAUUUUCAAACAAUACCUUUUCAUCCCAAUGUUGAUGCAAGUAGUGGAAAACCUUCCAUUGAUUUCCUAGACUACCCCCAGAAAUGGAAUGAAAACUACAGUCUUUCAAAUAUUUUGGUUGCCCUUCAGGCGUUACUUUCACAUCCAGUGCUAGAAAAUGCAGUGAACACGCAAGCUGCCCAAAUGCUGAUGGUUGCUCCACUGUCAUAUGAACAGAUGGUUCAAGAAUGUGUGGCUGCUAGUCAGAAAGUGGAAGAUGGUAAAGAUCCACAUGAAACUACUUUGCAGGCAGUGGCCAAGUUAGAAAAGACAGCAGGAAAAAAUAUGACAUCCCAGUCAGCAAAACGCCCUAGCUCACAUUCCACCAGACUAUCUUUCAAUGACUACCACACAACAUGGUGCAAUAUUGCCACAUCCAAGACCAGAUAUGAGUCUGUUAAUCCUUUGCUUGAUCAGUUGAAAGAGAAUGAAAAACUACAUGAAAUUCACUUAGGUUUACAAAGAAAUGAAAUAGAAGAACAAAUAAAAAAACAUAUAGAUGAUCACAACACUUUGAUGUAUGGUGUGUUUAAACACAAACCCUCCAAUGAAACACUGAAGGCAGCAAAACUGGCCCAGUUAGAGAAGAUGAAAAGACUUUACCUUCCACCUAGACAGACACCAAACCCUGAGUUCACACAUAACGAAGCAAAAGUUUUAGUCAGUGAAGAGACAUGGGAGAAAGAAGUGGAUGAACUUGUUAACUGGACCAACAAUUUGAACACAAAUUUUAUUGACGCUACAUAAUCAUUUUUGAGUAUUUUCUUAACUUAGUAACCAAAGCCUUUUGGUUGCUUUACAAUUUUAAGAAGUAAUUUUUUUUAGUACUUUGAAAAAAAAAAUGUGCUUGAUUAAGCUAAAGAUACAGACCCUAUACAUAAUUCAUUGUUGAAAUCAGCUAUCAGGGAGGCUAUGUCCAAAUAGUGCUAGCACUUUGUGGAAUCCUCCAUUACCUACUAAAAUCUCUAAAUUUCACACAGUAAUUGUGUAAAUAAUUUAAAACCACUGCAAACUCAAUGUGCUUUAUUUAUUCUUUUUUUUAAAAACUUUGUAGAAAAAUACGAAUAAAAAUGUAAAUAUCUA